AUGACAGAGGAGGUGCCUCCAGCUGCACUCAGCGAAAUAUACCUUCGCCUUUUGUGUCAUGAUGACAUAGACACGGUCAAACAGCUCUGUAGUGAUUGGUUCCCCAUUGAAUACCCUGACUCAUGGUAUCAGGACAUCACCUCCAACCAGAAGUUUUUUUCUCUGGCCGCAACUUACCGUGGCACCAUUGUGGGCAUGAUAGUUGCUGAGAUCAAGAGCCGAACCAAAGUGCACAAAGAGGAUGGUGAUAUUUUAGCUUCUGGCUUUCCAGUUGAUACUCAAGUUGCUUACAUUUUAAGCCUAGGAGUGGUGAAAGAAUUUCGAAAACAUGGCAUAGGUUCUCUUCUGUUGGAAAGCCUGAAAGAUCACAUUUCGACCACUGCCCAGGAUCACUGCAAGGCCAUUUACCUGCACGUCCUGACCACCAACAACACGGCAAUACAUUUCUACGAAAACAGAGACUUUAAGCAGCAUCAUUACUUGCCCUACUAUUAUUCCAUCAGAGGGGUCCUCAAAGAUGGCUUUACUUAUGUCCUCUACAUCAAUGGGGGACACCCGCCGUGGACAAUUUUUGACUAUCUUCAGCACAUCGGCUCAACUUUGGCCAAUCUGAGCCCCUGCACAAUUCCCCAGCGGAUUUAUCGCCAAGCCCAGAACAUCCUCUGCAGCCUUUUGCCGUGGUCGGGCAUUUCAGCCAAGAGCGGCAUUGAAUAUAGCCGGACCAUGUGACCUGAAGGGAGUCCUUCUCGGCAUCCCUGC